AUGAGUUCCAAUGGCAGUGCUUUGAAGGGAUCAGCAACUCCUGAUUUGGCUAAACAGGUAUUGGUCUAGAAAUUGGCACAAUAAAUAGUAAAUCAAAUAGUGUCAGAUGAUGUGAUUGAUGAUAAAAUUGAAGAGGAAGAAAAUCAAAACAAAGACCCCACUUGCUGUUAAAUGUUUUGUGCUCCCUUUACCUUGAAGUAUUACUAACCAUUCUUCAACGAUUUGACAUCUAAAGUAAUAGCAUAAAAACUAUGGGCAUCGUUUUUUCCAUUCAAGGCCACCUUCUUUGAAAUACAAGACGGGAAACCAGAUUUAUAUGGGCCAGUCUGGAUUUAUGCCACUUUAGUAUUUGCAGUAGCUGCUGCAGGUAACAUUUCAGGUUAUUUGGCAACUCCAAGCAAUAUUGCAUUCCAUUACAAUUUCGAUUUCAUCCCAACAGCAUCCUCACUACUAUUUGGAAUAGCAUUACUAGUGCCGUUUGCAAUUUAUAUGGUUAUGAAAAUGUUGGGAGGCAGACAUCUUCACUUAACGUCCUUUAUAUGCAUAUAUGCCUAUGCUUAAACAUGCAUAAUACCUGUGUGUAUUGUAUGCUCAAUACCGAAUCCUUAAUUACAGUGGGGAGCAUUGAUUUAUGGAAUGAUUAAUUCAUCUUUGUUCUUGAUUGUCAAUUUUUGGGGAGAAUUGGAGAAGAACAUACAAACCAAGAAACAUAUAGUUAUCUGGUUGAUUGCUGGAUGCUAGGUAGUGUUGUUGUUAUUGUUCAAGAUGUACUUCUUCUUGUACGUAUACACGAAUCCUUAUACUGGAUCAAGAUUUGAUUAACUCACAAAGAUUGUUCAUACGGAUCACUUAUUCUUGCAUCACCAUCAAUAACAUUGA